AUGGCUUUCAAUGGAGAAAUCUAUGAGAUAAUGUCAUGGUUACCCGCAAAACCCUUGUACAAACUCACAACCAUUGCAAAAUCAUCAAUGGAGUUUCUCUCCGAAACCCCGUUCGUCGAGAAACAAUGUCGAAACUCGUCCUCGAGAACAGAAGAAUCAUUGAUCAUACAAGAAGAUUCAAGUCUAAGAGAAAGAGUUAAGAAUCUAAAAUUUUGUUUCUUACACGAAAAUCGUUCUUACAAUGGUAUCCCUAAAAAAUCCAUUAAGUUUUUAGCAAGAAAAGGACGUAUCAUUGCAUCGAGUAAUGGUUUAGUUUUAUGUAGGACUAUUGAUUCUAAUAAGCCAACGGAAUUGUUCUUGUGUAACCCGGUAACGCGAACUUGGUUACCUAUUAAGUUACCUAGUAAGAAAUUGGCCAAGUUUUUUCGAGAAAAUGGGGUUAUAAAGGUUGUAUUUUUAUGUGGGAAUUUUUUUGGUGUACCAAAAAAAUUCCCAUUAGAUUAUACACUCUUGUUCUUCACAUUACAUGAUGACGAUGAUUGGAAUAGUGGGUAUGAUGUGUUCUUGUUCGAAGAAGGCGGUUGGAUUCGAGUGCAGGAAAAUCUUCGAUUCGAGGGAGGAGGUGACUUGAGUUUUGAUGAACAAGUUUGUUGCAAAGAUGGGUUGUAUUUUUUGUCUGAAUCUUUGAGUCCGUACGUGUUUCAUUACGAUGUUAAGAACGGAACUUCGAGGACUCUACCAUUGCCACUCGAAAAACACCGUGAAGGUGGCGAGAAUGAAGGGUCAAACCUCGGUUACUUCCGUUUGUUCGGGUGGGAGAAGAAAGAAGGGGAUGUCUGGUUUGAGUCCAUCUGUUUGGUGAAGUGUUUGGACAUGGUGAUCACGAUAUGGGUGCUCGAAAACAACACGGGCCAUACGGGCCACACGGGUACUACAACAACUAAGGAGAAGAAAACAAGUUCUUGGAGUCGGGUUUUUACCAUACACAUGGAGGAUGACUUGGGGAUCAAGAAAUCAACAUGGACAAACAGCUUUACUAUAUUGGGAAAGGAUUUGAUUUUUGCUAAUUCUGAUGGUCUGAUUUUUCGAUAUUGUUUACAGGGCAAAAAUCGCGGUAAUUUAGACAUGAUCUGCAAUUAUGGUUACAGUUGUAGCACAAAACUCAGAUUCAAUUCGUUCUCCACCACUCUUCGUCCUUGCUUGAAGAAUUUGAUCAAGAAACCUUUUAAGAUUAAGUAA